AUGCACGCUGUGGGCCUUCACUCCGCGCUGGCAAUACGACGUGAGCGCAAACGCCGUGCUGAGCAACAACGAGCCCGUGAACGACGCUACUCCCUCCAGUCCUCCGAGUCUGGGGUCACCUCUCCUCACUGCUCUACCGGCAGCCUCGAGCGACGUAGACACAAGAAGUCUGGAACCGCCGAAAAUGAAGUCGUCUCAUCUGUUGGCAUGCUCCACCUUGGAGUUGUAUUUCUAGUUCUUGGAGUAUUUCUGGUCGCAUCUGGAUGGCUGCCUGAUGAUGUUACUGCGUGGAGCAACAUAGGGUCUGUCAGCUGGUUCAAUGAGUUGGUCUGUUCUGGUUUAUUUGCUCUGGGUAUUGGAAUAUUUUUAAUCGCCCUUCAUAAGUAUUUGACGAAAAGUGAGGAAGACGCGUUGGAGGACUACGUACAACGACAGCUAACACGGUCUCGAUCUGGUCAUAGAUUAGAGCGUGAUGCUGAGACGGGAGGGAUGAGAACGAAGGGUGCUAGGAGGGCUAGAGCUACUGAAGUAUUAGCAGAUGCGAUUACUGAAACGUAUACAGAACCCCCUCCGGAUAGAGUCCACGGAUUUGUUAAUGCUCUUGCUGUAAACGGUGAUGCGAUGAGAGAAACGCCGCUCGAACAAAUUGUGGAAGAGGAAGUUUCUGUAGCAUCAGAAAAUGAAAGGCGACUAGGAAAAUUUAACAAAGAUACGUAUUCCACACCCUCAGUAGCCCCAAGCCUAAGUCCAGGGUCACCUUCUGAUACAAGGGAACUGCUGGCUGACGGACGUUAUCUGAUUAUGUCGAGGAUG